AUGUCAGCAGCGGUCCUCGUCACAGCACUGCGAUUCUGUCGGGAGAACACCUUGCUGGUUAUGACAAUCGUUUCGGUGAUACUUGGCGUCUCACUAGGAUUCGGUCUUCGUCCGUUGUCUCUAUCGGCCGAAACACUUCAACUCAUCAACUUUCCAGGCGAAAUAACAAGACGAAACAUGACAGCACUAGCUCAAAUGGACGCAAAACAGUCGGGACAAAUGGGUCUCGCAACUGUACUCUACUAUCUAACCACAACAGUAUUGGCAACACUGCUCGGAAUUUUUUUGGUAAUGACAAUUCACCCUGGCGAUCCAUCGAUUAAGGCUGGAACCCUUCCAGAUGUACCAGUCGAUACAGAAGUUUCACCACUGGACACGUUUUUAGAUUUGGUUAGAAACAUGUUCCCGGAAAACAUCAUCCAAGCGACAUUCGAGCGUGUUCAUACCAUGUACGUUGUCCAGAAGCCACGAAUCUCAAAAAACACCUCCGACGACGGCGUCAUUAUGAAAAAAGCCAUCAGUACCACACACGGCAUGAAUAUCCUUGGAAUAAUUGUUUUUUGCACGGGAUUCGGUAUUGUGAUAUCCCAACUCGGCGAGAGAGCUCGAAUAGUUGUCGAUUUUUUCGUGAUUCUUGACGCCGUCAUUAUGCGAUGGGUGGAGACACUAAUGUGCUACGUGUUCACGGUACUCGCAGGACUAAUUCUGCAUGCAGUGAUCACAUGUCCUGCCCUGUAUUUCUUGAUCACAAGAAAGAAUCCGAUGUUUAUCGUACGCGGUAUGAUGCAGGCAAUUGUGACUGCUUUUGGAACAGCAUCUGGUGGUGCAGCACUUCCGAUGUCGAUGCAGUGCAUGGAAGAUAAUUGUCAUGAUGGAAACGCUCUCUAUGAGGCGGUCGCCGUGAUCUUUAUCGCUCAGUUAAACAGCGUCGAUCUUUCACUUGCUGAGGUUAUCACAGUGAGUGUUACCGCUACGGUGGCAUCUAUAGGACUUGGUUCAGUUCCAGCAGGUCUCGUUUCCAUACUACUUAUUCUCAACACUGUCGGUCUUCCUAUUAAGGAUGUGUCACUGUUGUUGACAGUAGACUGGUUAUUGUGA